AAUGCUUUGCAGCUUCAUUUAUAAUAAUCACCUCCCUCAUCUCUCCAUAAACACCAUUUUCCAAUCCAAUUAUCCAUUCCUUAUGUAACCCAAACGAACCCUUUACCCUUUUCCCUCAAAACGUCGUCGUCAAGCUUUUCAAUUUUAAUUUUAAUUUUAAUUUUCUCCCAGAUUAUAUAAUUUUCCGUUUUUUUCCCUCUGAUUUUCGGAAGGAAAAAAAAAAAUGAUGAGAGGAGGAAAUCAAGAUCAACAAUCGAAGAUCAUCUGCGAAUUAUCGUCUCUGGUUUUCAAUCUUCUACAGUUUCCGCCGACGCCGAUAUCUUAUUCCGAUCGAGCUCCGAUCAUACCGGUGCCUCCGUCGGUGUCGUCGUUGAGGCGUUCGAUGGCGGCGAGUCAGAUAACGCCGGCGGGAUUCGUUUCGUUGCUUUUGGGAAUUUCGAUGGCUCUGAUGUUGUGUGGUUCGGUUACGUUUGUGAUUGGGUUUAUGUUGUUGCCGUGGAUUCUUGGGUUGGUUAUGGUGUUUUAUGUUGCUGGUGUUGUUUCGGCUAUUUCUGUUUUGGGUCGGUCCAUUCUUUGCUUCGCUUCGCCGCGUAAGGGUUAUCCUGAGUGGAAAUUGUUAUGAUGAGAUAAAUAUGGUGUUGAGUAGUACGCACGAUUCAGACUUUGUGCAUGCUCAUGCACCCAAUAGAACAAUGAAAGAUUACAGAACUGCUCAUGCACCCUCUAGAAAAAUGAAGAUUACAGAACCGCUCAUGCGCCCUAUAGAACAGUGAAGAUUACAAAACUUCUCUUACUAGAAGCAGGAAUAAUGGAAAAAGCCCCUUUUUUUUUAUAAGUUACCAUAAUUUGAGUGGGUAUGGCUUCUCUUUUAACAUACAAUAGUGAUGUAAAAUUCAAAAGCACUUAAAAUAGAGAAGUCAUUUCUGCCUUUUGCUUCUUUCAAUUGUUUUUAUCUAUAUCUAUUGUAACAUCUGUAAAUUAUAGUUUUUAGGAUUCCCUUUCUUACAUUUCCAAACAUGUCAUAUAUACAAUGUAUAGAAAGGUAAUACAUGAUUUACCUCAAAGAAAACAGAUUUCGGAUGAGAUGGUUGUUAUAGAUUAAGCAUUUGAAAUGAUUUCAUUAUAA